AUGUUUAGUAUUUUUAAUAAAAAUAAAACAAAUUCUCGCGUCACAACUAAAAAUGAUACUUUGAAAAAUGACCAACUACUAGAAAAAGAUGAUAUUAUUGAUAUUGAUGAUCCCAUUAUUCCAUCGACCGAUAAAAUAAAUUUAGUUGAGCACAACUGCAAUGAUUUGGGAAACAUAGAAACUGGACCUAUGCGCCCCAUACUAACAGCAUAUCCAAAAACAAAAUUUGGUUCUCAGUUUAGGUCAUUCAGCAGUGAAUAUUUCAAUACUUAUAAGUGGCUUGAAUACAGUGUUCUGUGUGAUGCAGCAUUUUGUUAUGCUUGUCGGAUGUUUGGUAAUAAAAAUAUGGAAGAUACUUGGACAACAAUAGGAUUUAAUAACUGGCAUAAACUUUCAGAAAGAUUGAAGAAACAUAACUCUUCUAAGAGCCAUUUGACAUUUGUUUCAAAACUGGCUCUUAGUAUAUCAGCUAAAAAGUCUGGAAGUGUUCUAUCACAACUGUCUGCUGCACAUCAAGAAGAAAUUAAGCAAAAUCGAAAUUAUAUGUGCCAUAUUAUAGAUAUAGUUUUAUACCUCAGUAAACAAGGAAUGGCAUUUCGAGGUCACUAUGAAGACACUACUUCACUUAAUCAAGGUAAUUUCAAAGAGCUGUGCAACAUGUAUGUGAAAUCAGUACCUGGAUUUCAAAGUAUGUAUAACCGGCAUGUUAAUUAUACUAGUUGGAAAAUCCAGGAUGAAAUUAUUCAACUAUGCGCUGAUGAAGUUAAUGAAAUUAUUGUAAAUGAGGUUUCUUCUGUUGGAUUUUUUGCUCUGAUGUGUGAUGAAGCAAGAUGCCAUAAAGAAGAGCAAUUAUCUAUAUUUGUUGUGGAUGUAUCGGUAUAUGUUCACUUUUCGAAACCUACAAACCAUAUUAAAUUAUCUGAAGUACAAACUAAAUUAGGUUUGAAAAAAGGUUCUAUAAUGAGGGUUUGCGAUACUCGUUGGAUUUGCCGUUUUAAAAAUUGUAAAGCCAUCAUUGAAAAUUAUGUUGCUAUUGUUGAUACACUUAAGAUUGAAAUUGAGGAUCAAGCUGAUAAAAAUGUGCCUCAAGCAAUAGGAAUUCUCACUUCAAUAGGAAGAAGAAAGUCAGUAAAUAUUAUUAAUGGAGUUAUAUCAACAUUUAAAAGUCUAAGAUCUGAUGAAUCGUUUACUAACCUUUGGACUAGAAUUGAACAAUUUUCUGAGGAAAAUGAAAUAGAUCUUCAAAUUCCAACUACAGGAUCAAAACGUAAACGAAAUCAUCCAAAUAAAUUGAAUGAUUUUGCUUUAUUUACCAAUACUAGUGCUCAACAUGAAACAGUAGAUAAGGAUGUUGCAGUUAAUGUUUAUUGGAGACAAACAGCUUAUAUGCGUGUCAUUGAUCAAGUGAUAACUAAUUUAGAAAAAAGGUUCUCAGCUGAAAGCUUAUAG